UCGUUUUGCUGUUUACACUUUGCUGUUUCCAUUUUCAAUUUUUCAUCAAUUUUCAUUUUGUUAAAAACUUAAUGUUGAAUGAAAACUAUCUACAUUCGUAAUAUACCAGUAAAAAAGUAUUUUUUAUAAAUACUGUGUGUUUAAGUACUGCGUACCUGUUUACGAAUUACAUUUAUAAAUCGAAGUUCGUAGAGUUUAAAAUUAACAAUGUCAAAGGUGAAAUUAAAUUUGAUAGCAGCAGCGUGCGAGAAUAUGGGCAUUGGAGCAAAUGGUACACUACCUUGGAAGCUAAAGACAGAAAUGGCAUACUUCACUACAAUGACAACCAAAGUGAGUGAUGAUAAUAAGACAAAUGCAGUGAUCAUGGGCAGAAGAACCUGGGACUGUAUACCAGUGAAGUACAGGCCGCUGAUCAACAGAGUCAAUAUAGUGCUGACACACCAAGUUGAUGCUAUUAAAGAAAAGGCCCCAGAUGGUGUCAUAGUGGUUCCAAGCCUGGAUGAAGCCAUCAGUUAUAUUGAGAGCCGUGAUGAUAUUGAAUCCACUUGGGUCAUAGGUGGCUCCUCUAUUUAUAAGGCAGCAAUGGAGCACCCGAACUGCGGCAAAAUCUACCUAACAGAGAUACAGAAGUCAUUCACCUGCGACACUUUCUUCCCCAACAUCGACAAGCAGCAGUUCCACCUGGUGGACGAGGAGGAGGUCCCCGGGGAGAGGCAGGUGGAGGGGGACAUCAGCUACUUCUUUAGAGUCUAUAGACGAUUGUAGACAACAUUGUCAUAGUCUACAGGGUGCUCGGGAAUAUUUGCUAUAACUUUUCGGUUGGUGGGAGGCUUCGGUCGUAGCUAGUUACCACCCUACCGAAAAAGACGUACCGCCAGGCGAUUUACCGUUCCAGUACGAUGUCGUGUAAAACCGAAAGGGGUGUGGAUUUCAUCAUACUCCUAACAAGUUAGCCCGCUUUCAUCUUAGAUUACAUCAUCACUUACCAUUAGGUGAGAUGCAUGAUGAUCAGGUAUAAAUGAUGAUUCUUACCAAGGGCUAACUUGUAAAGAAUAAAAUAAAUAAAAUAUGGUGUUGACGAGUCCACUUAUAGGAGUUGAACUGCAUAACUAGUAUUUUUUUAUCUAAAAAAUAAAAACAUUUUAUGUUUUCAUAGAAAGUAAUUCAAAUAAUUCCGACUAUGCAUGUAAUACACUCCUUUAUGUAUCUUUGCAUUUUAAAAGUUUAAAGUUUGGCUACGUCAUUAUUAUAAAGAUGCGUAUAAGGGACACAUUUUAAGAUCUAUUUACAAAAGAAAUAUUAUCCGAAAUACCUAAUCCGAAAAUAUUAAUUUUAGAACACAUGUUCCUUGAACAUUUUUAAUUAAUUUUCGAUAAAGAAUAUAACCCCAGAGUUAUGUGGAAUACUCCCGAGCACCCUGUAUAAAAGCUAAAGGUUACACUAAAAAAUAUCGACUAGACUAUGCCACUCACGAAUAACGUGACUUUAUAUUGGUAAAAGAACAUUCAAAAUUGGUUCAAAAUAUGCAUAGACAACUUAAAAUAUCAUAAACUUUACCUCUUUAUAAUAUUAGUAUAGACAAGUAUUUUUUUAUGUAUAUUAAAAAUUAUUUUUAAUUGCCUUAUUUGUCCAGUACUAGUUGGUCUCAGAUCAUAAGAUCCCAAAUUGAGCUAUGAAAUACUUAUUGAGCUAAAUAAAUAGCUAGUUGACACUUUUUAAAUGGUCUUAAAGUGUUCAUUAUCGAUCUACUAGAUUGAAUAAAAAUAUUUUAUAAAAAAAUACAACCGACUUCAAAAUCACAAAAAUAUUUCUACUAAACUAAAAAGCGAAAAAUAACAUCGAACUUGCAAACUUCUGAUCAGCUUGAAAGCGGUAUCAAGUUAGUGUCGUGUUAAUUAAAGAAAAAAAUGACUGAAAAUCCAGUUAAAAUCUUUAUGAUUUAAACGGCUUGAAAAAAGAUUUCGACGAAUUGAUAACCUCCUCCUUUUUUUGAAGUCGGUUAAAAAUUAUCAUUUUUUUUUCUUUUUUUUAAUCCUCUAAGGAGAGAGCCCUGGCACUGGAGUGAUCUGUUAAAAUAGGCUGAAAAUGAUUUGAAAUCUCAGGGACCGAUUUUAAAACGAUUUCGCGCUUAGAUUUUAUUUAGUUGGAUUAAGUUUAUAUUGUAAGAAGCUAAGCUUGGAGCAUGCUGUAUUGUGUCGAUAAGAUUGAAUGUGAAAAAAAAGUUACCCAUAUAAAAUAAAUGAUAUUACAAUAUUAUUUAUAAGUUAAUAUUAUAAGGCUCGGUUUCACCACCUGGUAAGAGUUUGAAAGUCUUAUAGCAAGUUUUGUUUUUCUUAUUUUAUAGCUAACUAGUGGACGCCCGCGUGGAAUUCCGUUUUUCACAAAUCCCGCUGGAACCAUGGAUUUUUCCGAGAUGAAAAGUAGCCUAUGUGUUAAUCCAGAGUGAAAUCUAUUUCCAUUCCAAAUUUCAGCCAAAUCGCUUCAGUAGCCGCAGCGUAAAGGAGGAACAAACAUACAUUAGUGUGAUGUGAUACCCGUGCGAAGUCGGAGCGGGCCGCGUGUUUUUAUAUACACAGUUUUUCUGUAGUGUAUUUAGUAUCAGCAUUGCACCCGUGCGAAGCCGGGGUGGGUCGCUAGUUAUACUUAUAAACCUUCCUCUUCAAUCAAAUGUAUGCAUAAAUCUUUAAAACUACACAACGAAUUUUGAUACGGUUUUUUUUUUAAUAGAUAGAGUAUUUAUUAAAAAAACCGCAUCAAAAUCCGUUGCGUACUAUUAAAGAUUUAUGCAUACAUAGGGAUGUAGGGACAAAGACUAUACUUAUGUAGAUAUGACAAAAACACAUCUUUUUAAUAGACAUCCAAACCUUAACAGAUGUGAAACCGGUACUUUAGUAUUUUUAACCGACUUCCAAAAAGGAGGGGGUUCUACGUUCGGCUGUAUGUAUGUUUUUUAGUCGAGUACGAACAAUUUUUGGGGCGGUAAAUCCAAAAAUUGUUCGUACUCGACUAAAAUACUAAAGUAGUCCGAACUAGGCCUAAGAGUACAUGUUAGAGAAUAUGUUGUGUAAAAUUUGCGCUUCCAAUGUAACUUGUAAAUAUCUAUUUUUUUUUUAUAAUAAAAUAGUUCAUUAUA